UAUAAAUUUAUUCUUUAGGAUAAACUCUAUCUUGCUUUCAAGGGUGUCCCUGCACACAAUAUAAUAAAAGAAACAAAAACAACACAUAACAAAACACUUAGAUUAAAAACGGCUUCGAUUAAUACAGUUUUGAGUGGGUUUGCAGGUUUUUUUAAUGGCUUUGGUGCAAUUUUCACAAGCAAAUGUUACAUUUUCAAAACUCUUACUACUAAUAUCACAACAGAUCAUCAAAUGUGCACUAUUUUCAAACAUUUCAGCAUGUUUUCAAUCGUGUUAGUACAAUACACAAAAUCACAAAGUAUCUUUUCGCAACACAAAAUAAGUGUUUCAUCUAUAUAAAUGUUUCAUUCACAGUAACUGCCUUUCAUAAUGCUCUUACUAUCAAACUUUUGACUCGUUCAGUUUAAUAAAUUAAUUUAAUCCAACUGAUCUGGUUAAUCAAUGAAUCAUUUGGUACAUCUAUAGAUUUACAAAGAUACAGAUUCUAUAGAUAUAGUUUCUACUUUGUUUGCAAUUUCCGAUACAGAUAACCAAAAGUAAUGAAUUCUUUUUACAUUAUAAGCGAUUUAUCUUAGAAUAUAACCACUAUGUGUGUGUGUGUGUGUGUGUGUGUGUGUGUGUGUUUGUUUUCAUGAUUUAUGAGGACACAAAUUUGUAUAAUGACAUGGGUAUUACACUGGUAUUAUGACAUAAACAUGUUUUAUGAGGACAUUUUAUGAGUCCUCAUAUUUAAAAUAGCUUUAAAAACAUACUAAACAAUGUUUUAUUAAAAAUGUAAAAAUGCAUCAUCUCUAUGAUGGGUAGGUUUAGGAGUAGGGGCAGUGUAGGGGGAGAGAAUGGGCUUUUAAGCCCAUUUGACUGGGCUUAAAAGGAUCACUACCCAUCCCAUACAUUUAAAUACAUGAAACAUGUAAUAUUAGAUUAGAUUAGACGUAUAAAGAUAAUAAAGAUAUGUAUAAGAAAACUGGGUCAGCUUAAUAGAAUUACUUCCCACACAUUUAAGGAACUGAAAGUAUAUAACAUAUAUAUAUAUAUAACAACAAUAAUACAAAUUACACACAUGCACAAUAUUCCCUCUGAAGCUUUUUAUCCUGGAAAUCAGCAGUCAUGCUGAACUGAUUUGCAUGGCUUAUUUUUCCACGAAGUCAACGCCUACUCGCAGUAUUAUAUGUUGAGAGGAUGAGAAUUGUAUUCAGCUUCUUUUGGACAAUAACACCUGAAUGUCUAUCAUGGCCCUCAACGCUUCUUUAAACUUGACUAACUGCACACAUGGAAACACGGUGGAGCGGAACAUGUACCCGACAGUUUACUCGCUGUUCUUCUUCGUUGGAUUUCCAGCAAACUGUUUGUCCCUGUACAUGGCCUGGGUUCUGAUGAAGAGGGGCAAUAAUUUGGCGGUUUAUCUGAUUAAUUUGUCUGUCGGAGACCUGCUGUAUAUCCUAACUCUACCCGUUUGGAUCACGAUGGCACUGGAGCAGAAGAUAAACGACAGUCUGUGCAGCGUUAUUGCGGUGGUCAUGUUCAACAGCUUCUAUGUGGGCUCAGGGUUUCUGUGCUGCAUCUCUAUGGAUCGAUAUUUAGCCAUAGUGUUUCCGCUGCAUUUCAUACGGGUUCGAGAGGUCAGAACCGCCGUGCUGGUGAGCGCCACCGUAUGGCUGGUGGAGAUUGCGGUUCAUCUCGGUCUUCUGGCCUACACGGAUGCCAUCAGGAACUUUUCCACCCGUCGAAUGUGCGAGGAGCCGAUGAUCAUGACCAGCGCCGGCGCCAUCGUGGCCAUCACUCGCGCCGUCCUGGGAUUUCUCGUUCCUGUGCUCAUUAUGACCUUCUGCUUCAUGCAGAUCAUCAGGUCGCUGAAGAAAAGCACAUCCACUGUGGUCAGCGAACGGAGAAAGAUUUGCUUUCUACUCCUGUUUCUUCUGUUCACCUACUUAGUGGCUUUUACCCCGUUUCAGGUGGUGAUGUUCAUCAGAGGACUGCUGGAGCCCGGAGACUGCAGCGUCGCGCAGAAUCUGAGAGAUGUUUACAUGGUGUUUGUGGCCACCACGACAAUAAACAGCGUUUUAGACCCCAUCAUUUAUUGUCUCAUAAGUGACAGUGCCAAAACUGAAAUGAAAAACCUUUUUAAGUGCUGUGGGGACCAAUUCAGCAAGAUUUAUUCAUCUGUGGUGAAACCAUGAGUUUAUAAUAACACUGGAAGACUGCAAAUAAUGUAUAUUAUUGUUUUCUUGAGACACUAAUUUGGUAAUUUUGGUAUUUAAUUUAGAUUUUUGUUGAGUAUCAUAUUUGAUACAUCAGGUUUUUAUGGCUCAUAUAUGAUAUAGUGAGAAUAUUUUUGCUCAAACUGAGCAAAGAUAUGAAAUUUGGUGCAGAUCCUGAUAUUUAUAUAAUGGACAAAAAGUAAGAUGAAAUUCUUGUAAUGUAAAUCAAUGAGAUUUUUACAACAGUAUAACAGACUACUGACAUGAAAUGCAUAUAGAUAUCAGUUGUCGCACAAUAUCUGCCAAUAAUAUAUCUUAGUGAGAUGCUUAGUUUUAUGAUCAAAGCUCUGUAGUUUAGCAACAUAUAAUGCAAUGCAAUACAAUGAUGAUUGAGAGAACACAUUUAUAUAGAAGUUAUUCUUACAUUUACUUGAUAAAAUUUUUUUAAAGAUUUCACAGGAAAUAGACACGUGAGGCACGAGCUGAAGGAGGAUGUUUGUACAUUUUUACUUGCUAAAAAAGUAUAAAUUAUCAAUCAGACAAUAGAAGGACUGUAGGAGAUUGUGUGCAACAGCAAAGUUUUUAUCAUGUUGAUCAUUUAGAGGCCUUAGAAAUGUGUGUAUUAAAGAUAAUAAAGUAGGCUUUAUAGGGUUAAAAACCUAAAGGCUUCUGCUUAUAUUGUUCCUGGACAAAUAUAAAUUGUGCAUACAUGUGAACUGUAGUCAAAAUAAAAACAAGCAGGUGUGUCAACUCUUGAGUGCUAGCACAUUUCUGUGCAUUUCUUUGGUGUGUGUUUGUUUCCAGAAAGUGAAUGACAUCUGUCAAAUAGAUCUUAUCUGUUUUACAGCAUGCAAACCCAUUAUCAAAGCAUCGUCUGUGGUUUCUGUGAGAUGUUUGACUUCACAAAAGCAUCCUGCAGAUACACAAAACAAACCACUGGUGUGAGUCCUGGGUUUGCAGGCGUAUGUCAGUAUGCUUUUUCAUUUGAUCUUAUACACGCUAACACAUUUUAACCACUAAUAGAGAGUUAAAAUAUAAUAAACACCUAUAAUUAUAUAGUAAGUGAAAGUGAAAGUGAACUCGCUCUGCCGUUCCUUCAACAUGCAAUGCUCAUGAUGUUAACUACGCAAAGAAGAACAUGGAUGGAAAGAAGCUAGUUGGGCGAGAGCGAAAACCUAAGAAAGUAGUAAAGCAGAGGUGAAAAGGGAUGGAGAUGGUAUCAGUAAGGAUGCUACCCUCUGCGCCAACAUUGUCAUCAAGCUCCUCGGCUCUGCCCCCGCCGCUAGUUCCGUGCGGCUCAUCCACCUCGCUUCGGUCUUCCCCUCCACCAGCUUGGCUUGAGGCCGAGUCCCCAGCUGCACCUCGACCUCCAGGCCCAUGUCUCCACCUUGGCCUGUCAGCCCAUCACCAUCGCCUCGGCUCACCGCUCGCUCAUCGCCACCGUGGCCCAUCUGCCCGGAAACUCCGCUGGGCUCUCUCGUAGCUCCAGGUCGGCCUCUGUCAGUCGACGUCCAGUUCCCGCCAUGGACUUUCGGGAUUCUGGCUGCGCCUGCACCCCUACGGCGUCAUCAGGCUCCUCCCUUCCUCCCACCUCCCUAUUGCCCAUUGUCGCCCCAGUCAUCCAAGUCCCUGUCGCUGCCUCAGUCCCACAAGUCAGCAGCUCAGUCCCAGCCUUCCAAGCCUGCAAUGUCGCCCAGGUCCGUCAGCCUCUCUGCUCCGCCAAUUCCUCCACUCACCAUGGUUCCGCCUCCGCCGAUCAAUCCUAAGGUUCCGUCCGUCCCUUCAGUUAGGACUCCGCCCUGGAUCCUCUCACUGUCAGCGUCACAAUGGAGCCUGUGCUACUUGAUUAAAGACACUGUUAUUCUCACCAGUUUCUUCAUUGUGUGCUUUUAUCAACCACCCACCGUCACAACACAUGUUGAUCAAACUGAUUUGAAUUAAAACAUUUUAGCUUAAAGUCCUGUAAUGCAGUCUGAUAGACUGAUAACUCAACCUCAUUAUCAAAACUUAAAAACAGUAAUCCAAGAAUAACAGUAGAUGAGUGACUAAAAGUAUUGGAUAAAUAUAAAUGUAUAUACAGUAAACAAGUAGAAUGACAAAUGUUGUUUCAGGAAGGCAGGAUGCAAUGUCAUUUCUUGAGUGUUUUGUGGUUUCUGCUCACUGGGGUUAAACUAAGUAAUGACAAGGAAGUGAUGUUUGCCACUCUUACUUCCUCACAUGUGAAGAAGAUCGUUGCAAUGGGCAGUUCCUUAAUUUAUGUCUUUGCAAAUCUUUUAUCAUAUUUCGUCAUUUUGUCAUAAAAACAGAUUCCUGAUUCGCUGCGCAUAUGCUGGCUUGAGAUGAAUGUAACGGAGAUAUGGACGACCUCCCCCAGCCUGAACGAAACUGACGACUGCUAUCCGCCUGAGAAUCCAGAAAAGAAAGUAUUCGUCGCCUUGCACUUGGCUGUGGUCCUGAUCGGCAUCCCGUCCAACGUCUUCUUCCUGUUUGUGUCGUACCGGCUUAUCCGUCAGAAGAACGAGUUGGGCGUUUACAUGUUUAACCUGGCUCUCUCGGACCUCUUGUUUAUCUUGUGUUUGCCCGUGUGGAUUCAGUUCACUCUUCACGACACUUGGUUUUACGGCAAGACCGCGUGUGUCGUGUGCGUUUUCCUGCUCUUCACAAACUUCUACACCAGCGCCAUACUUCUGAGCUGCAUCGCUGUGGAUCGCUACAUAGCCAUCGUUCACCCGCUUCAGUUUCGCGAGUUUAGAAAGCGGAGGAUUGCGUUCAGCGUGAGCAUUGCCGCUUGGAUUUUUGCAGUCGCAUUCAAUGCAAUCACUGUGCAUCCAAAUAGUGUCUACUAUGAGGAUGAGAAUUAUUCAGUCUGCUUGGACAUAAUUCCUUUGUCAGAUAUACAAAAAAGGGUCAAUGUCGCUCGUUUUGCAGUAGGCUUCCUCAUUCCCGCAUUGGUGGUGGGUUUCUGUUAUUGGCAGAUCUAUUCGGAUAUAAAGAAAAACCAAACUCUGGGGUCGAUGGAGCGCCGGCAUGUGUUCAAGCUUCUAGGAGGCAUUUUGCUGACCCUCUACUUGUGUUUCGGGCCUUUGCACAUCAUGAUGGUUUUGAGGGUUUUGCUGGAGAAUUGUCCAUAUCCCAACUGGCUCUUCAUCGGAUAUAAGGCCACCGUCUUCCUCUCGAUGCUCAACUGCCUUGCCGAUCCACUCCUGUACGGCUUGUUGAGCAGAACGGGUCAGGCCAGUGCUUCAAACCUGUUACUCGUCUUCGGGAGAAUAUGGAAGAAUGAGAGGCACAAAGAGAUGGGAGAGCAAAACCAACAGAUCCUUGGAACUGGUACGGAUUGCAAUCACAAAAGCCCCAUUUACUGUACAUCUGAACUACCGUUGUGAUUGGAUCAAGCUGAUGUUUUUAUAUGCAACAAAAAGAACUGGACUGAAACCGGGGAGUGAAAUGAAGGGAAGGCUUAUACAUUCAAACACAAAGACUGAUCUAUGAACUCUCUGUCAACAUCAAGACAGUUUACAAUAAUCCUUGCUUUUUUAAGAAAAGAGAACAACAUUUCAUCAGCACUUCCUGCCUGUCAAAUAAUCCAGCGUAGGCACCAGAUCGCAAUUACCAAGAAAUACCUCUGAGCUUUCGUUUUAACUCCCACUUCUAACCUAUAAUAUUUUGCAGACAAUAUUGUAAGUGUAUUGUUAAAUCUAUUUUGACUGUGAUAUCUAUUACACAAGGCUGUGUCCAACAUUCACACUUUUUCAACAAUACCAUUCAACUAAUCUCUUAUACUAAUGUAUACUGUUUUUGUCAUAUAUAAAUUGUAAUACACACAUACAUGCAUACACAUUUAUAUAUUGCACUACUGUUCAAAAGCUUGGAGUCUGUAAGAUUUUUUACUGUUUUUAAGUCUCUUCUGCUCACCAAGUACAUCAAAAAUAUUGAAAUAUUAUUGCAAUUUAAAAUAGCUGUUUUCUAUGUGAAUAUAUAGUAAAAUGUAAUUUAUUCUUGUGAUCAAAGCUGAAUUUUCAGCAUCAUUACUCCAGUCUUCAGUGUCACAUGAUCCUUCAGAAAUCAUUCUAAUAUGCUGCUGCUCAAAAGCACUUUUUUUUAUUUUUAUGGAAACUGUGAUACCUUUCUUUGAUGAUUAGAAAGUCCAACAAUGUAAAAGGUCACUCUGGAUCAAAUAAACCUACCCAUCACAGAAAA